UUGUGAGUGAGUGUGAGCCGGAUUGCCAGGCGGACAGGGGUCGCUCUCUCUCUCUCUCCGUGUGUGUCAGUCCGGGAGCCGCGGUUGCCGCACACACUCACACUGAGACUGAGAGAGACGCCGCUGGGAACAGCCCAGCCCCGGAGCCGAGCGGCCGCCGUGGAUUCAGCGAAGACGAUCAGUUGGAGGCCGGGCUCGGACGUCAUAAAAUGUCCCUGAAACCACGUGUGGUGGAUUUUGAUGAAACAUGGAACAAACUCUUGACAACAAUCAAAGCAGUUGUCAUGCUGGAUUACGUUGAGAGAUCUACUUGGAAUGACCGGUUCUCAGACAUUUAUGCUUUGUGUGUUGCUUAUCCAGAACCUCUGGGAGAACGACUAUACACAGAAACAAAAGUUUUUCUGGAAAAUCACGUCCAGCAUUUGUACAAGAAGGUUCUGGAUUCCGAAGAAAAGAUUUUGACUAUGUACCAUAAAUAUUGGGAAGAGUACAGUAAGGGUGCUGAUUAUAUGGACUGCUUAUAUAGAUAUCUCAACACACAGUUCAUCAAGAAAAACAAAUUGACAGAAGCUGACCUGCAAUAUGGGUAUGGUGGAGUGGAUAUUAUUGAACCGCUGAUGGAGAUAGGAGAGCUAGCUCUGGACAUGUGGAAGAAACUGAUGAUUGAGCCAUUACAAACCAUCCUCAUCCGAAUGCUCCUCCGUGAAGUAAAAAAUGAUCGCUGUGGAGAGAACCCAAAUCAAAAAGUAAUCCACGGGGUUAUCAACUCCUUUGUUCAUGUUGAACAGUACAAGAAAAAGUUCCCACUUAAGUUUUAUCAGGAUCUCUUUGAAGGUUCAUUUCUAACAGAAACGGGAGAGUAUUACAAACAAGAAGCUUCAAAUUUGCUUCAAGAGUCAAACUGCUCGCAGUAUAUGGAAAAGGUUUUAGCAAGAUUAAAAGAUGAAGAAGUUCGAUGUCGGAAAUAUUUGCAUCCUAGCUCAUAUGCCAAAGUAAUUCAUGAAUGCCAGCAACGAAUGGUAGCAGACCACCUGCAGUUUCUUCAUGGGGAAUGCCAAAAUAUAAUUAAACAAGAAAGGAGAGAAGGUGAGAAAUAUGACAUGGCAAAUAUAUAUACUUUGCUCCGUGCUGUCUCAAACGGAUUACCUCAUAUGAUUCAGGAGCUUCAGAAUCACAUUCAUGAUGAGGGCCUUAGAUCCAUCAGUAACCUCUCUCAGGAAAAUAUGCCUACACAGUUUGUGGAAUCUGUUCUUGAAGUUCACAGUAAAUUUCUUCAACUUAUCAGUUCAGUUCUUAAUGGAGAUCAACACUUUAUGAGUGCACUUGAUAAGGCCCUAACAUCAGUAGUAAACUAUAGAGAACCCAAAUCUUCCUGCAAGGCUCCAGAGUUGCUAGCUAAGUACUGUGACAAUCUAUUAAAGAAGUCUGCAAAAGGAAUGACUGAAAAUGAAGUUGAGGACAAAUUGACCAGCUUCAUCACAGUUUUCAAGUACAUUGAUGAUAAGGAUGUCUUUCAAAAGUUCUAUGCCAGAAUGUUGGCGAAGCGAUUGAUACAUGGUCUUUCGAUGUCUAUGGAUUCUGAAGAAGCUAUGAUAAAUAAGCUCAAGCAAGCCUGUGGUUAUGAAUUCACGAGCAAGCUUCACAGGAUGUACACUGAUAUGAAUGUCAGUGCUGACUUAAACAACAAAUUUACAGCCACUUUUUUAAGGCAACAGGACACCGUAAUAGAUCUUGGAAUCAGUUUUCAGAUCUACGUACUUCAGGCUGGCGCAUGGCCACUGACUCAAGCACCUUCAUCUACGUUUGCCAUUCCUCAAGAAUUGGAAAAGAGCGUACAGAUGUUUGAGCUGUUUUACAACCAGCACUUCAGUGGUAGAAAACUUACUUGGCUGCACUAUCUAUGUACAGGUGAAGUAAAAAUGAACUACUUAUCCAAGCCUUAUGUAGCAAUGGUUACCACAUACCAAAUGGCUGUGCUGCUGGCAUUUAACAACAGUGAAAUAGUCACUUACAAAGAGCUAGAAGACAGCACACGGAUGAAUGAAAAAGAACUUACCAAAACCAUUAAAUCCUUACUUGAUGUAAAAAUGAUCAACCAUGAUUCAAACAAGGAAGAUGUUGACUUGGAUUCGGUUUUCUCUUUAAAUAUGGGCUUCAGCAGUAAAAGAACAAAAUUUAAAAUUACAACUUCCAUGCAAAAAGAUACACCACAGGAGAUGGAACAAACUAGAAGUGCAGUCGAUGAGGACAGGAAAAUGUAUCUGCAGGCUGCUAUAGUCCGCAUCAUGAAAGCACGUAAAGUGCUCCGACACAAUGCACUUAUUCAAGAGGUAAUCAGCCAGUCAAGAACAAGGUUCAACCCUAGUAUCAGCAUGAUCAAGAAGUGCAUUGAAGUCCUCAUUGACAAACAAUAUAUUGAGCGUAGCCAGACCUCAGCAGACGAAUACAGUUAUGUAGCAUGAAACAAGCUGUUGGUGUUUGGCUUUGUCCGAGUAUGGGUGCAAAGACCUGCUGUGUCACUGAUGUAUUCCUGUGAGAUGAAGCAGAGAUGUGCCUACACCAGGUUCUUCAGUCCAUCACCUGGCAGCCCUUUCUCUGCUGUUACAGUGCCACAUUGCAAGUGUCAAUGCCUAUAGAUAUCCCAACUCGUCAUCGCAACAUUGCUGUAAUGGGGGAGUGCUUUGGUGCCAUGUUUAUCUCACAGGUGCAGUUGAUAUAUUUUAAAAUGUAAUUUAAAACUAAACACUGUAACAUGGCGAUAAAAUAAUUGUGUUUACACUGUAAAUUUUUCAUCCAAGACUGCCGAUAACAAAUAUGGCUCGUGUUCCUUCACAAAAUAAAGCCUGUAUACUACCUGAAGUAUAUAUGUAGGUUUCAGUGAACUAGACCAUUACAUCAGUGUUCUCUGCAGAUCGCCCAGAUGAACGGAUCUAUGUACAUCAAAAAUGCAGUUUUCCUGAACUAUCACUACAGGAACAUCAUGAGGAAUGUCUAUACCAGUUUGCACUUCCAUUAAAGGGAUUUUUUUUCAGAUUAA